AUGGGCAGCGUUCAAGUAGAAGAAGAAGAAGAAGAAAAGCUCAUGGAGGUGGCAAAGAAUGAUGCAUUACCGACCUAUCAUUACACAGAGAAGCGUCAAUAUUGUUUUGUAUCAUAUACUCGUGUUUUUGUAGCGUUUAUCGUGCUCGUGUUCAUGUCAAUAACGCUAAAUGUGAAGAAUAUCAACCACUUGCAGAAUAUCAAGCACUUGAAGAAUAUUCAAGACAGUGACAAUGCUACUGCAGCAAGUAAGAAAGAGUUUACAUUAACACCAUAUCCUACAUUGAUCGAAGAUGGUGGGUUUGUGGUCAUCUCGUGGGAGAAAGACACUUCGAAGUCUUUGACAAGUCAAGACAUUGUGACAAUAAGUUGUGGCCCUACGAUGGGAAGAGAUGAUUACUUGUUUAAAGAAGUAGUGGGUGAAUCGGAUACAUCGGAUCACUCGGUGACUUUCACGGGUCUCCAUACGAUGCGUUGUAACUACACGGCGAUCUAUUAUAACUACAAAGAAGAGUUAUAUGAGUUUGAACCCAUUGCAAAGAUUGAAAUCCCGAUGAAGGAACCAAUUGAGACACCGAAGCAAGGUCACUUGAGUCUUACAGAUGAUGAAACGGCAAUGGCGAUUUUGUUCAACUCAGGAACCUCCAAAACGCCGAUUGCCAAGUAUGGUGAAAACCCGCAGGAUCUGAAGCUUGAGGCAACGGGAACGACCACAACCUAUGGUGCCCAUGAUAUGUGUCAAGGUCCUGCGAACGUUAUUGGACAGUGGGGAUUUCGUGAUCCGGGUUACAUGCAUACAGUUAUCAUGACUGAUUUAAAGCCCAACACGUAUUACUACUACCAGUUUGGUCACGAAGAGCACGGUCUGAGCCCUGUGCGACGAUUUAAGUCACGACCUUUGGAAAGCUAUAAAUAUGCAAACUUUAUCGCAUAUGCAGACAUGGGAACGUCUGAGGCGCCUGGUGCAGUUUCAACUGCUGCUAGAGUUUUUCAAGAUGUGAGUGCAGGAGGAUACGAUUCAUUCUUGCUCCACUUUGGUGAUAUCAGUUACGCACUAUCGGUUUCUUUUGCUUGGGAUCAUUUCUUUCGUCUGAUCGAGCCAUACGCAACUAGUCUGCCGUACAUGGUGGGCAUUGGAAAUCAUGAAUAUGGUUACACCUAUGGGGGAGAACAUGACCUAAGCGGAGGUAUGCUUCCGUAUGGCGGCAGCUUCAACCCGCCGUGGGGGAAUUUUUACGCCGAUUCUCUUGGAGAAUGUGGAGUGCCUAUGCACCACAGGUGGCACGCCCCCAAGACAGGAAAUUGGAUUUAUUGGUACAGUUUCAACUAUGGUGGCAUUCAUGUCAUUCAAAUGUCAACCGAACACAAUUGGACCCGAGGAUCCGAGCAAUAUAAAUGGCUUCAGCAGGAUUUGGAGCAAGUGAAUCGUAGUGUCACACCAUGGGUGGUGCUAACAGCACAUCGCAUGAUGUAUUCGACCCAGAUGAACAUUGAGUCCGAUAUGAUAAUUUCGUAUAUAUUUCAAGAAGAGGUCGAAGAUUUGAUUUACAAGCACCGCGUCAAUGUGAUGAUGGUUGGCCAUCAGCAUUCCUACGAGCGUAGCUGCCCCGUGUAUCGCAGAAAGUGCGUAGAUGACGGAAAGGCCACAGUACAUGUUGUCGUGGGCACUGCUGGAUUUUACAUCUCAGGGGAUGACUUUUCUACAGAAUACGGGAACUGGAGUCGAAGUCACGUGAAUGAAUACGGAUAUCUUCGCAUUGCUUCGAGUCCAGAAAGCAUGCGGUUCGAGUUUAUUCUCAACAAGAACGGUAUCAUUUACGACGAGUUUACCAUCACUCCCUGGAAGGACUAA